AUGAACAAAACUUUUCUGAAGAAGAAAAAGAAACCGUCAGCCCCGGUCACCGGGGGCAUGGGGAUGCAAUUGCUGCAGAAAAUGGGCUGGCAACCAGGACAAGGACUUGGAAAGGAGAAGAACGGCUCGUUGCAACCGCUCAUGUUGGACGUGAAGCUGGAUAAGCGUGGACUCGGUGAAGGAGAUAACAAACAACGACCGCACCAGUUCCAGAAGAAGCAGUCUAAACCCAAGGAAGUCAACACUGACGGCAAACACCCGGUAUCGUUACUGGCCGAGUACGCCACAAAACAAAAAUGGACUAUCCCGCAGUACGAAGUGGUACACGACACUGGACCCGUGCAUGCGAAGAAUUUUAUAUUCAAGGUACUCGUAAACGGACGUGAGUAUCAACCGACAAUUGCUUGCAACACCAAAAAGGCAGCAAAAGCAGCAGCCGCAAAGCUCUGUUUACAACGGCUAGGAAUAAAGAUAACGUAAAAAUACUGUACGGAAUUGCGAACAGUUUCCCUGCUUUUACUUAUCCCGCGUGUCAGGCAAGGUUAAUAUUAAGCACACGUAAAUAAUGCUAUAGAAGAUAACGAACCCAAUCGAUAGCAUUUAGCUAAGUAUAUUGUAAAAUGCAUCCUUUGUAAAGAAUCUAUUCGUUCAUCAUGACAAAUGCAACUAUCGUUG